AUGUGCAAAGUGUUCGGAUCGACCUUGACCGGCCCUGCUCUUCAGUGGUAUAUCCACCUGCCCAUCAAAUCCAUCAAAUCCUUUGCAGCCAUUAGCGAUAAGUUCAUGGAGCAGUUCACUAGCAGCCGUGACCUAGAGAAGAACUCGGAUGAUCUCUAUGAGAUCAUCCAGCAUAGGAAUGAGCCCCUUCGUUCUUACAUAGCUCUCAUCAACCAGGCGAAGGUAGCUAUUCCUGAGUGCAACGCUGAUACGGCUAUCUCAGCCUUCAAGAGGGGUCUACUUCCAGAGGGAUACCUUUACAAGGAGCUGAUCAAAUAA